UCAGUCAUGGCGAACCGGCGCGGUGGAGGGAGGCUCGGGGGUGGCUCUUGCUUCCCUGCGCAGGGCCUGGGUGGCAGCAGCCGCGCAGCCGCCGGCGCUGGGGAAUAUUGCAGGCGAGUGCAGGAGUGGUUGUGGCAGUAUUACGGCUACGUGCAAUGGCAGAGCUGGAUGAUGAUGGUGGCCCCGCUGCCUCCUUACUACCCUUUCCCCGCCGUCGCCGGCGGCGCGACUGCAGCCAGGCAGGGUGAAGGAGCCGAGGCCGCAGCCGUACCCGGGGCCAACAACACCUACGGCCCCUUCUCGCUCUACGCGCCCUACUUCGGGGCUCCUGCAGUGGCGCAGGCUCCGGGCGAACAGCCUCCACUACAGCAGGAGGUUACAACAGCUUCGGCCAACGGCGUCAGGCUGCCAGCCGCCGAUGCACCACAACAGGCGGGGAACGUUCACCCGGGAGGACGUGAAUAUACCAUCCCCUCACUGAUGCAUCGAUUCCUUGCAGAAAUGGUGGAUUUUCUAAUCCUGUUCCUGCUGAAAGCUAUUGUGGUGCUGACAGUAAUGCACAUUUGUGGGAUCAAAGAUCUUUCUAAGUUUGCGCUUAAUUAUAUAAUUGAAGAAAUUGAUGAAGACACCUCUCUAGAAGACCUUCAGAAAAUGAUGGCUGUUGCACUGAUGUACAGACUGUUGGUUUGUUUCUAUGAGAUUGUCUGCCUGUGGGGAGUUGGCGGGGCUACACCUGGCAAGUUUCUGCUGGGGUUACGAGUCGUUUCCUGUGACAGCUCAGUGCUAGUUGCUCCUAAUCGGGUGUUGGUUGUCCCGGCACAAAACGUCAGCAUCUCAUCGUCUGCAAUAAGAGCAUUGAUCAAGAAUUUUUCAAUUGCCUUCUUUUUCCCAGCCUUUGUUACAUUGCUGUUCUUUCAACAUAAUCGCACUGCCUAUGAUAUUGUAGCUGGGACUAUUGUAGUCAAGCGAAAUGGAGUGAGAUGAGGACAAUGCAGAAGUCUUGUAAUUUUUUUCAAACUACUUUGCUGUGGUUCUGCAUUAUUCAGAAAAUGGGGAGAAGAAAACACCUGUUGCUGACUGCACUCCAUGAUCUUAUGAAAGGCUGAAUUGAGAAUGAACACGUACCUGCCACUGUCACGACAUUCCAGAAAUGACUUGGGAAUUAAUCUGUUUUGAUGGUUGACACUGCGGUCCUUUAUGGAUCAUGAUUGACUCUGGCGCUCCACAUCAGAAAUUUGCACAACUUUGAAAUUUGUCUCAAAAUUAUUGAAAAAAGAUAGUACCAUUAAUAUCAACUUAAAAUUGAUAAAGUUACACAGAAUCAUUUCAUUUUUUGCCAGUUUCUGUUUCAUUUUAGUCCCUUGCUCAUUGCAUGUCUACUUGUGUGUCUGGAUGUGAGAGAGAGAAAAUCUGCUUUAGUUGUGCCUUUGGUUCAUCUGAAGUAAAACACUACAGGUAAUCAACUGAUGAAACCAAAACAUGCACCAGUGUUCUGAUGAUAGUUAUUAGCCCCCACCUGAAGUAAUUGGACAGUUUGGAUGUGAAAUUAUUUUGCAUCUUAAAGCAUUAGCUAAAUAUUCUGGAGAAAAUAUGUGGGGAAAAGAAAAUUUGAACUUUGACACUGUAUUUGACUUUCUGCAAAUGGAAAGUAUAUUUUGCCUCUAAAGCCGAUACCUAUUCCACAAUGAUAAAUACAAAUGCUCAGUAUUAUUUUGACUUCUGGAUUAUGAAAUGUUUUAGGCAAAAAAAUAUUCAAUGACAUGUAUGACUGAUUCAAGAAAAUGUUCUAAUUGGGUAUUGUGUGUGUACUUGAGUGCUUUGUUUUCUUUAUAGCAUGCAUGCACAAUUGCUGUUGUAGUUUUAAGGUAUACUGUGCAUCAUGCCAUACUGGCUCAGUGUAACACAUUUGUUGUACUACUCCAGACUUGACUUUUUUCUCCCUUUAUUAUGGAUGUGCCAGCCAGAAAUAUUGUUUUAAUCAAAAAUAUUUGCAAAGAUUGAAAUAUAUAAAAGAUGGUGUUUUGUUUUAAAGGAGCACUUUCCUUGUAUGCAGCCAUUUGCCACAUCCUGCUAAAUGUUUUCCUGUUUCUGCCAAUGCCAGCCCAGGUUUGUGUAAAAUGAAGCUGAAUUCUGUACCAGGUGAGGUCACUCCACUGAACAGUGAUCACUCAGAGGCCUAAUAUUACCCCCAUUAACUCUACCCUGUCUGAGCUUGAAAGGGUGACCAAGGUGGGAAUUGUUUGCAAAUAUUGUGCCUGUAUGUUAGUGAAGGCAUAUAGUCCUACAAAAAUAUUACAAAUGUGAACCUUGUUAUUUCACUUCAUCUUCCUGGAUUUUUAUCAUUUUUUAAAUAUUUUAAUUUUUUCCAUAAUGUUGAGAAGUUAUUGCAGUUAUUUCCAUUGACACAAUGUCAAUAUUGAGGAAUCAAUAUUGAUGUUUCAAGUUUCUCAGUUUGGUGAGAGGAAUAUUAAUUUUAAAUUCUAAAAUCAAGUGUUAAACCUGGUGGUGUAGCACAAUUCUGAGUUAGCAUGGAAUGGUAUGUUUUACCAAAUUGCAGAUAUUCUUUAAAAGAGUAAGUGGUGAAAUGCAGGGCCAAAAAAGUUGUGCAAAUUGGAGGAACCUUUGAGCUGGAGUUGCAAUAACGGGUAUAAAAUCAAAUCCUAUAAUGCUGAUCAUUCUGGCAUGCGCAGUAUUGCACCUGUUCUUAUCACCAUAUUUCUUUAGAGAAGUUCAAAAAUCUUUUUUGUUAUAACUUGUGACCUAGUAACAAUUUUUUGUUUGGUGCAGGAUCUGGAUAUUCAUGCCUUAAGGUAGGUCAAUAUUACUGGUAUUCAGCAAGUGCCAAAUAACUUGUGUUCAAUUAAUUCUAGAUGCUAUCCAAAUUGUUUUCAAAAUGACACUUAAAGUAAACACAGAAUAACUGAUUCAGCAUACUUUCAUAAAUUUUGUUAGUGGAUUUGCUGCAUGGCUAAAAUUGCACGGUGUGGCCACCAGUUUAAUUUGGGGUUGACUUUCUUUUUAAAGUCAAAGGGUUGUCAUUUUAUCUGGAAACCACCACCACUGGCCCCUCGCCACCCCCCCAAUCCUUUAACAGAGAUCUUUUAUUUAGAGCCCUUUGGGGUAGAUUCAACCAUCUUAUCACUGCAGGCAAUUUCAAAAGCACAAAAAAAUUGUUUAUCGGGGUGAUGUACAUGUUUGAAUUACAGGGUUAAUUAAUUUUUCCUAUUAAUUACCAACCAGUACUCAAUACUGAUCCUGAAAAUGCUAUAUUGUGGUAACCUAAACAGUUGAAUCAAACCAGAAUUUUGACAGCUAGACAGAUUAAAAGAAAAAUUCAUUGGUCUGCUUGAGAACCUUAGUCUAUCAUGUAGCAUUAAGGAAGCCACUGAAGAAAAGGAGACUGCCCUCUUUAGAAAGGAUAGCAAACUCUGCUUCGUUUAACCGAGCAGAUUAAAAAAAAUCCACCAGAUCAAUAACUUGCUAGUUAUGCAGCUGGUAAAGAGAGAUUUUUUUUGAACUGCUGCCACAGGUGUGAUGGGUUCAGUGACCUACUUCUGUACUGUAAGCACGAGACUGAAGUUGCCCUGGAUGGCAGUGAUGAGACAUGUCAACAAGAAAUGUCUUUGACAUCUGUUUUAACAAUGUAGCUGGCCAAUUGUAAAACAGCAUUGGUGUGCUGAAAUAAUGGAGGACUGAAUUUAAUAAUCUUUGCUGAUACUGUAGUUUCAAAGCCAUUUAUGGAAACAGUUACAUCUGACACUUUUUAAAAUUGUUCUAUUAAUCAGCAAGAUAUGAAUCUGGUGUUAUACUUGGCCUUUGAUCUUUUAAACCUUUUAUUCGUUCAUUUGGUAUACCAAGUUUUGGUUAAAGUAAAUGAAAACAGCAUGGUCAAAAGUUUAAACAUUACAUAUGGAAAAACAAAUUCUAAUUUGAAAAUCUGUUUUGGUUUGCAAUUUCAAUGGAACAUAAUAUGGAGAAAAAUAGAUUUGUGACUAAAUUGCCAGUGGCAGCCUGAAUUGUUAUCCUUGAAAUCACACUGAGUCAGUUGGUUGGUUUUGAUGCUGUGAAACUGCCUUGUGUUUAAUAAUUUACAUAACUUCCUUUGGACAGUAAGUAUAUUGAGAAAUAGUUCCUUAAGUGAUUGGGUACUGUUAAUAGCCUUGUAUUUCUCUGGGAAACUAGGCUUGGAGGUAUGGUUUGAAAGAGUUAGAACACAGAUUCUGAGCUUGCCUCUUGGGAUGUAGAACAGCAAAGUUUACAGUGCAACCACAUAUUUGGCACAUCAUGUCUAUGCUGCAUUCUUUAACCAGAGCAAAACAUUAUCCAAUAAUACCAUGUGUGUUAAUCACACUUCUGACAAAAUGAUGAAAACCAAUUUUAGCAAUUAAAUAUGGAUUCUUGAUCCACAUUUGAGGUCACUGACUUUCCUCAGCAUGAGGGUAAAUGUGAGGGGGUGGGGGGGUGCAUGUGAGAGGAUUUAUAAAUGUACUAUCACAAUUGUAUUAAUGUUUGGUUUGUGUAAUUGCAGACUGGACAUUGAAUAGUAUGAGAGGAUAGGAAGAAAAGUGGAUUUUAUUCAUUUGGCAGAAGUAUGAAGAGUAGGGGAUUGAUAAGGACAUUGGAAAAAAUCCUUGACUGAGGCCUGAUUCAGUGUUUGGUGACUGGCAGAUCCUCUUUAGUCUUUGUGAAUGCAUUCAAAAUUAAUAGCUAAACCAUAGCCUGGCAGUAUUACUAAGUAUGCAGGAUUCAGAUGCAAAAAUUUAACCAUUUAAUUAGACCUUGGGUCACAUACCUAGUUAUUAAACAUAAGUUUUGAAUUUUACACUGGGACAUGAACAUUUCCUGAAGAUUAAUUCUACAUAAAUUUAAUCGGAGCAAAAUAGGUUUGGUUUUGUAGAUUCAAUUCCAUGGCUUUUAAUGAAUGAAUAUUGUUUUAAAGCAGUAACAUUCUAACUUGUAAAAUUCAAAAUGGAUAACUUUGUUUAAUAUUGCUUUUUUAACCACUUCUGGGUACAUUUUUCCAAUUAAACUUUCAUCUUCCACCUGUUGUCACAGCAUUGUGCUAAGGGUCACAAGGAACAAACUAGCUGGAAUGUAAAAAAAAUUCCAAUCUUUACAAAUUUGGACCAUGGUUGUUGUUUUAAUAUUAUAUAAACAAACAUUAGAGAAUUACAACUUGGGCAGUCCACAUAUGCACUUUCUUAGGCUGCUGCUGGUCAAAGGACUUGAUGCUUUGUAUUGGCCCCAUCUUGAGUCCACUAAUAAACAUGAACAGGAACACCCAGCACCAUGAAGAAUAGCUAAAAGUUGCAGUGUUAAUGGGGUCAGGAAAUUAAAAGAUUUCUAUAUACAGUCUGGAUUUGAAUAUUGAUUAUACUAAACGUGCAUUGAUUGUUGCCUGCAUGCAUGGAGAAUGUAUACAUCUAACAUCAAUAACCUCAGAUUUAAUAUUUAAUUAAAUUUAAUUUUAGUUUCACUUUUUGAUCUUUGUCUGAUGUGUUUACUUCAACAAAUUGAUGCAUAGUUCAGUCAGUGGUCAAGAGGAAUAUGAUCUAAUGUACAUAACUAUAAUAACAUGAUACAAGGUUCCUGCCCAAUAGAAAAUGCAGAGGCUGGUUUGAAUUGGAAACCUCCUAAUGAGGCCAGACUGCAGUGUUGAUGCUAUUGAAAUGGAUCUAAAUUUGAAUGCCUCAAUCAGAUGGCAUUUGAUUUUGCCCCAAACUCUAAACUUACCUGCAGAUGAGGCCUGGUCUCCUCAAACACUGAGCAUAUUAUCUAGCCAUUUAACAUCUGCUGCCAUCAAUAAAGCUUUUUAGUCCAAAUAUAUGUUCAUUCAAACCUUGAAAGUAAGUUUCUAAAUUUCAAGGUACUGUCUAACAUGCUGAGUAUUUUACUUUUCAGAUUUCCAUGAUCACCAGAAUGUGCUCAGAAUAUUACAAUAAUACCAAAUAUCUCUGCUUCAACUUUUAUACUGAAUUUUCUUGUACAAACAUUUAUAUUCAUAACUGAUAUUCCUUGUAUGCAUCCUGUACACCAUCCUUGUUAAAUUUAACAUUUCUCAAGUUUAAAUAACAGUUCCUUUCUCAAGUGCCAGGUAUACCCCUGGGGAAUACCAACGCAAACAUCAAAUCUGAAAAAUCACCAUUCACUAUUAGUAUGCUUUCUGAAUCU